AUGCCAAAGGAAAUCAAGGAGAUCAAGGACUUCUUGGUCAAGGCCCGUAGAAAGGAUGCCAAGUCCGUCAAGAUAAAGAAGAACACCAACAACACCAAGUUCAAGGUCCGCUGCGCCAGCUACCUCUACACCCUCGUCGUCGCCGACAAGGAUAAGGCCGAGAAGCUGAAGCAAUCCCUCCCACCAGGCAUUCAAGUCAAGGAGCUCAAGUAG